CUCUGUCGUGCGCAACCGUAACAUCAUCCGCCGCCACGACCAUGCUCCACCGACGAUUUCCCGUGCUUCUUCUGCGGUCCGCAACUGCGCGGCUGUACAGUGCGCCGACUGUCUCGACUGUUACAGUCGGUGACGUCUUGGCUGCGCGAGAGAAAGUCUUUAGCAACCUCGACAGUGCGGCGCACGGCGAGCUCCAUCCUCACUUUGAGCAGUGGCAAGCCAUCCGCCACGACGCUCCCAUCCAUUCUGCCGUGAACCUCAUGGUCCAGCGCAACGUCGGCUCCCUCAUUGUCACACAAGAAGGACAAGGGGUCGUGGGGAUUGUAACAGAGCGCGACAUUCUCGUAAAGGGAAAAGAAACGGCAUCCGAAGGCCAGGAAAUGACCGUGAAGGACAUCAUGUCCAAGCGCAUCUUGUGCAUCGACCCUUCGACGACUAUCAUGGCGGCUCUAGCUACCAUGAACAAGGAGAAGAUCCGUCAUCUGGCGGUGGUGCACGCUGAUCCAUCGCAGCCAGGGACGAAAGACGUUGUGCCCAUUGAAGCCAUGCGCAGUGUCUUGUCGAUCAAAGAUAUCAUCAAGGCGUAUGCCGAAGACAAGAAGCAAGAGCUAACAGAUCCGAGCAACACUGCAGUUGCAACCGAGUCCUCUGCGACCUCUGCAGACGCCGGAACGGAAGAAUCAAAGAAGGACAUUCCUGCCACAGUGAAUGCUUCAACUUUGCUGCGCAAGAAGCACGAAACUAUCAACUUAAUCUUGAACACUCGCGUCGAGGACAACGUGUCAGUUGCUGAAGCUGUCGCUGAAAUGGCGAAGCGCCACUUUGGCGCUGUGUUGGUCAUGGACGACGGAAAGAAGAUCAAGGGCAUCUUCACCGAGCGAGACUACUUGACCAAAGUGCUGCACCCCCAACUCGACGCCAGCGAAGUUCUGACGAAGGACGUGUGCACGCGAAAUGUGUGGACGUUGAAGAGCGAUGCCUCGUUGCACACAUGUGUGUUUGAGGCUGCGACGAGAAACUACCAUCAUUUCCCUGUGGUUGACUCGAAGGAAGAGAUUGUCGGCCUGCUCUCGGUGAAGGACAUUGUGCACGAAAUCGUGAGCGAAAUCAAGCCUACGAAGGGCUUUUGGCUGAUGGAGUACUUCAAGAAGCCCAAACCCGCCGCACCUGCUGAAAAAGCCGUCGAGGCGACGCCGAUCGAUGAGUCCAAGGCUGCUGGUGACGCCACCACGACGGAGGAUGCCACCAAAGCCACCAAAUCGGCGUAGUGAAUAAGAUAGCUGACUAAUACUGGAUUACCGCGAACCCACCCAAACGCGACCUCACAUCGUCCUGCCUCUAGAAGAUAAGAUGGCGCAGGUCAGGCUCCCUCGCCAAGACGACUAUUUCCAUAAAUUUUCACGUAUUUUUGC